AUGGUUAGUAAUGAGUAUAUUAAGAGAGAAGAGGCCAAACCAUCUUCAUCAUUAUUCCCUAAACUUAAACCUAACGUAACGAUGAACAAUCCAUCUCCUCUACUUGGUUUCUCAAUUGAUCACCGUCUCAAGGAAGAAGAACAAGACACGAAGGACUUGACGAUCAACGUCGAGACAGAGAUACACAAAGAACAUGAGUUCGGUCCAAUAAAGAGUUCAUUCUCCUUCUCACCACACAAAUUCUUCGAGGAAGACGAACCAUGGAAGAAACAAGAACUUUACUUUUUCCUAUUAGGUGUUGGAAUCGAAGAGGAUGAUGCUAGAUUCAUGAUGAUCAACAUGACUUUGUACGUCUUGAGAUGUAUGGACGACGGCUUAAGAGGAGUUUUGACAUUGUUGUUGAAUGUACAGUUCCCUUCCAUCGAACCAAUUCAUUCCGAACCCUAGUACGUACGAUUGAAGGAAGAGUUUCUUGGGCAUGAAGCAAAUACAAUAUUAGUGUUCUCUGUUUCUCUAUGUACGUACCAAUGGAUCUGCUUGUCCAAGAUCCCAACCUCAUGGGUCUUCUUAACCUUCUUAUCUCAAAAUUAUGUAACUUUUCACUUUCCUAAUUGAAAAAGUUGUUUUUUUUCAGAAAUUUAGGGAUAAGAUUUGCAAUUUUUUCACAUGAAACAGAGUUAGAGAAACUACUUAUUUUUAGGUUACCAUAACACAGACUUCUCCUUUACACUAAUUAAUCAGACCAUUCUUAAGGUUAAAACAGAGAGCUUACAAGGACGUAACAAUCUAGAAACCGCACUAAACAAACCACUGUAGAAGCGGAGGGCUUAAACAAAGCCAUUGCAGUAAUGUUAUCAUCAGCCAGCUAAAACACAAACUUUAUAAAGAAACCCUAAUAAUACCCUAAACUCCUAGCUAAAUACCAAACCGACAAAA